GCAAAAAAUAUGAUAAUCUUGCUAAAAAUUAUGGAGACUUUUUAAAGAAAUUGCGGGCUGAAAAAAAUCCAAAUGACUAUAUUAAAGCAGUUGCAAUAAAAAUGUUUUCUAAUGAAAAAGCAUAUACUAUAAGAUUAGAAAAUUAUCGUAAAAGAUAUGUAGAUGAUGAUCUAUAUGCUAGUUUAAAAGAAUUAUAUAUACUUUAUUAUAAUAUAGCUAAAAAAGAAAAUCGUGAAAGAUCUGAAGAAGAG